AAAACUCCUUCCGUCCAAAAGCAUAAAAACCAUCUGUGGAUUCUCUGGACGACAAUUGCUCUCUAACCAUUUCUCCGUCGUUGCGACCUCCGGCGACACUAUUCUGCUGCACCGGCAGGGUAUUGUCACCAUCAUCUUGUUAGUGCUUUGGGAUUAUUAUGGAUUCUUGAGAGAGGGGACAUUGUUUUGCUAUGAUAAUACUGUGCCUAGUCCUUGCUGGAAGCUGAACUUUCUGAAAGAUCAUCAUUAUUUCGGAAGUUGCAGUAAUUCAGGUGUUCUCCUGCUGAAGGAUGUGAUGGGGCCAAGAUGGAAAGGAAAGGGAGCAGAAGCAAAAGCACUUGCUGAUCCCAUUUCCAAUAUAGUUUCUCAGCUUCAAUCUUCUCUAGUUCAGUCAAGCUCUCAAGGUUUAUUGAUGAAUUCCAGCGUACUCUUUGAAGCAGAUGCCAAACAAACUGAUCUACUUAAUCGAGCUUGUUUUGGCCGCCCGGUAGUCACAGCUGAGAAGGAUAAGCAGUGGUUCCAAUUAGGUCUGGAGGAAGCUUUUUACCUCUUCUAUGUCCUAAAAUGCAUCAAAAUCGUCAACGAAAAUAAUUGUGAAAUUGAUAGUGAAGAGUUGUGGAUGUACAUGAUGUCCAAAAAGGAAAAUUUUCCGAAUUUAUUCAAAGCUUAUUCUCAUCUUCGGAUGAAGAAUUGGGUGGUUAGAUCAGGAUCACAGUAUGGUGUGGACUUUGUUGCAUACCGGCAUCAUCCAUCUUUGGUGCAUUCGGAGUAUGCUGUGAUUGUUUUGUCUGAUAAUAAUGGUGAAACAAAUGGGCGUUUGAUGGUUUGGUCUGAUUAUCAUUGCACACUUAGACUUUGUGGCAGUGUUGCAAAGACAUUGUUGCUUCUUAAUAUUGAUAAAUGUGGAGAGAAUGCAACAUUGCCAUCAUGUUUAGAAAGUUACAUUGUUGGAGAAAGGACAAUCACUAGGUGGAGUCCACAACAAUGCCGUGAGAACCAAACAAUUGCAACUGGGGAAUCUUGACACCAAGAAUUUGCGGCAGCAGUUGUCAACAAGGAUUAAUGACAAAUCAGACCAUGGAAUAUUUUGAUGAUUUUUAAUGCAGGCUUUGAUGGUUUUAGAAGGGAUUGUCCCUUCUGUACAAUUUAGAAAGAUUCAAGUUCCUCAUCUUGCUUACUGGAUUUUGGUGUUGGAAAUGUAAGAACUGCAAAGAAGUCCAAAGAAAUUUAUUGUGUAUGUCAAGUGAUAGAAGAAGUGGAACUGGGAAAACAGGCUUGGUAGCAGCUGUAUGAGAUGGAUAUUGGACAACUGGCACCAGUGUGGUUGAGGUUAGCAGUGAAACUUCCAGCGUUGUGUUUUCAGUGUUAGAGGGCUGAGAAGAACAAUCACAAGAUGAAUCCAGAUCUUGCUGUGAGAAUUGGAUGGGAUGAUGAUUACCCCAACCAAGGCAUAUACUUGAGUUUGCCCAUGUUCUAGUAAUUUUGAGAGGUUUCUGUAGAAUGCAGAAGGUGCUGGCCUGAUCAGGUGUAACGUGUUUUAAAUUACAUUUUGUAGUUCCUAUUGAUUGUUUAAGCUCGAAAUGUAAUUGAUAUCAAACGUUGAGUGUUCCUGUUACUCAUCAGCUUCGAUUGAACAUUGUGUAUCUAUCAUUUCCUUUGGCCCUCUGCCGCCCCAUCAGUCUAAUGAAUAUCUCAUUUAUUCUCUUC